AUGGCUCGCUCCAGCUCCGCUGCUGCGCCGCUGCUGUUCAUCGCUGCCGCUGCCUAUGUCUUGAGCUGCAGGUCGGCGCCUUCCUUCGUGGCACCCCCAAAGGCUGCAGAAGCGGCUCUGCAGCAACAGCAGCAAGCUGCAGUCGUGAGCGCGACACUGGCAGCUGCUUCCAUGCCAGCUCCUGCUUGGGCGGCACGCGCUUCGGACGAGGAUGACGAGGGCUUCGAUGUCCGCAUCAUUGCCGUGCUGGCCUUGCCCCUGUUCGCCAUCUCCUGGGCCCUCUUCAACGUGUGGCGCGUGGCAUUCCGUCAGGUGGUGCGCCAGGGCGAGAACGCCAAGGGCAACGCUAAAGCCGCAGACUGUCCUGGUGCGCUCUGCAAAGCACCAAAUGAGAAGGCGCUCCGUACAUUCGAUAAACAGCAGCAUAAGAUCAUGGCUCGCUCCAGCUCCGUUGCUGCGCCGCUGCUGUUCAUCGCUGCGGCCGCUUAUGUCUUGAGCUGCUGCAGGUCGGCGCCGUCCUUCGUGGCACCCCCAAAGGCAGCAGAAGCAGCUCUGCAGCAACAGCAGCAAGCUGCAGUCGUGAGCGCGACACUGGCAGCUGCCUCCAUGCCAGCUCCUGCUUGGGCGGCACGCGCUUCGGACGAGGAUGACGAGGGCUUCGAUGUCCGCAUCAUUGCCGUGCUGGCCUUGCCUUUGUUCGCCAUCUCCUGGGCCCUCUUCAACGUGUGGCGCGUGGCAUUCCGUCAGGUGGUGCGCCAGGGCGAGAACGCCAAGGGCAAUGAUGACGAGGGCUUCGAUGUCCGCAUCAUUGCCGUGCUGGCCUUGCCUUUGUUCGCCAUCUCCUGGGCCCUCUUCAACGUGUGGCGCGUGGCAUUCCGUCAGGUGGUGCGCCAGGGUGAGAACGCCAAGGGCUCCUACGACUGCUCCACCCGUGCAACUGGCGCUGCGACCACCUUCGGCACAACGAACAGGAACGAUGCGUCGUCCCUCUACGGACCGUCUCUCUUUCCGGAGCUUACGCAUGGGUGCCGCUGGGGCCUCCUGCUUGGCGAUGCCACGUGCUCGAAACGGCAGCUUCGCGGCAAGAGCUUGACCAGGUUGGACUUAAGCGACAACCAGUUGGGAGACAACUCUGCCGCAGCUAUUGCAAGUCUGAUCCAUGGACUCCCGCAGCUGAAGAGCAUUUUGCUGGCAGGAAACAUAUUGGGUAAUGCUGGGCUCAAGGAGAUCGCCAACUCGGAGCUGCAGAGCAACGGGAUGUUGGAGCAGCUGGCAAUUGGCGAGGCUCCUCCUGGCUACAGCACCGUGAUCAAGACAGCUCGCCAGAGGCCGAACCACAUCUCCACAGAAGGCCUCGAGUCGCUGCUGGCAGCUUUAAGCCGCAACCCAAAUCGGCGUCUUGCAGCUCUGGCCGCGGGACGCAUAGCUCUUCGGGCAGAGGCGUUCCUGAUGGAGGAUUCAGUCCUCACGAGCCUGGAUGUGUCCUCCAAUGCACUGACAUCUGAGGGCAUCUCUGCUUUGCUGCCGAGUUGCGCAAAGCUACAGAUGCUGGACAUCUCCGAAACUGGGUGUCGAGGAGAGCUUAUCCACGGAAAGCUGUGUGAGCUUUUGCAGAAAGCCGACCGCCUGGCGUCCCUGUCCAUCGCUCACAACGUUCUGGAGCCGCGGCCAAUGCGCCGCAUUGCUCGCAGCAUCUCCUCCUGCGCGUCGCUGCUGUCCCUAAACAUCGCUGGCACAGCAAUUGAGACAGAAGGCGUCCUGGCCUUGGCAGACGGCUUGCUGAACUCCCACACCACGUGCUUGCGCGAGUUGGACAUGUCCGAGAAUGGUAUCUCGGAGGCUGAGGCACUUGCUAGCCUCGGCAAGAUCAUCGCGGGCACAGCGCUGCAGACUCUGCGGUUGAAUCGGAAUCCGCUCGGCAAUGCAGGAAUUUGUCAACUCGCAGAUUCCCUGGAUGCCGACAGUUGUCCACCGGAUGGUCCAGUGCUUCGCACGCUGGAGCUGGGAAGCUGCCGCAUUGGGCGACCCGGGGCAACCUUUCUUUUGAUUCGCUUGAGGGACAAUCGUCGCCUGCUACAAUUGAGGUUGUCAGACAAUUUUCUUGAUGAUUCUCUGGACAUGACGCACGUUGAGGCUUUGCGAUACAUCCAGUACCUCCACCUGGACAGCAACAGGCUUUCCCUUCGCAACUUGACCCGAGCCAGCCGCAUUUGCGCCAAGAAUCGCUUCAGAGUCCAGGAUCAGGAGCCUCGAGCGCUGCGGAAAGAGAUUCGGCACUUGCAGGUUGAGGAGGUGAAGCUUCGAGAGCACAAGCAUCAAGCCGCCAAGGACUCUGCAGAGAUUUUCGUCAGAAUGAGUGCCGAGAACAUUGCUGCAGAAGAGCUUCGACAGCUGCGGCUGGGGAUCAUGAAGUCUGCUCGUCAAACUGAGCAAAAAGUCGCAAGUGUGGAGCAGAAGUUGCAAGAGCGAGAAGCGUACAUGGAGAAACUCAAGGAUGCCCUGGAGCAGACGGCACACGAGAAUGAACUCGCCAUCGCCGAAAAGAGACACGAACUGGAAGACAAGGAGGCAGAGCUGAUGGAGCUGCAGGCGCGGCUCCGUGACGUCGAGGCCCAGCUGGCCCGGCGACGUGCCCAGCACCCGAAGCAGCUGGCCGAGAUCAACGAAGAGAUUUCUGCUGCCUUGCCGAAGACGGAGGAGUUCAAGUCCAACCAGGAGGAAAUGCGGAAGGAGUUAAAGAAGCUCCAGGAGAAGACGCUUAUCGAUUUCAAGCCUUGA